AUGUUCAACAGGCCUAGAAAGGGAGAACACGAUAGUUGCGGGCCAAGGGACGUCGGACACGGAAGAGCAGGACGGGGGAAGAGAUCAAAUAACCAUCAGACAGCUCAGAUCCGGCUCUAUGUUUUGGAUCCCAGUCCAGAUCGGGGACGUGAAGGUCAAGGCGAUUGUGGAUACAGCGGCCGAGGUCACCAUUAUCUCCCAGGAGAUCCAUCAACAGCUGAACCCACCACCCCAGGUGAUACAACACAUAACCUUAAGCACAGCGGGGAAACGUAUGCACCUUACGGGAACACUGGUGGGCCCCAUCCCCUUGCUGGUUCGGGACGGGAAUACACUGUGGGAGUGUAUGUGGCGCCCAUUGCAGACAACAUAUUGCUAGGGCUCAAUUUCAUGAAAAGAUACGGUGCCAGUAUAGUCCUGGACAAGUCCCAAAUGAUAUUACAGGGACAGGUGAUUCCCAUGCAGUUAGAGAAGAAAGAGGAGCCUAACCCUAACCUAGCUCCGUGCAUCGCUAAAGUAGCGGUGUCCCAAUACACUGUUAUCCCACCACAUUCAGUGGCCAGGGUCAAAUGUGAACUGGAUAAAAGCAUGCCCCAGUGUAUAGUGGAGCCCCUGGAGGAUGGGCAGGUGCCAGUGGUUCGCACACUCCAUCAGGAGGGAGGAACCCUGAAGGUAUGUGUACUCAAUGUAACAGGACAGAAUAUUACAUUAAAGAGGCGGAUGCAUGUGGCCAAUGCAGAGGCAGUAUGGGAAAUUCUACCGGGGCCGGGUCCAGCGGUAGUAGCAAGGGCAGUGGGGAGGGUACCAAGUGAAACUCAAGUCAAACUACCUCCUCAUAUGAUGACCAUGGUACAGGACGUCGAAGAAACGCUGACAUCAGAACAGGCAAGCCAACUGACGCACCUGUUAUGGAACUUCCAGGACAUCUUUGCCGCAAGUGAAUUUGACCUGGGAUCGUUCAAGGAGGUAUCUCACCGUAUCGACUCGGGUAAUGCAAGACCCGUGAAGCAAAAAAUACGACGAACACCCGCAUGCUUCGCACAGGAGGAGAAAGGACACCUUCAGCGCAUGCUCGACAUCCAACUGUCAGUAUUUGAGUGGGCAUCGACACCAGUUCAGGUAAGGAAAUGCGAUGCGUCAGUUCGGUGGUGUGUAGACUAUCGAGAGUUGAACUCUCGCACCAUAAAGGACGUGUACCCACUCCUCCUAGUCGAUGAGUGCCUGGACGCCUUGGCAGGAAACGAAUGGUUUAGCAAGCUAGAUGCCAACUCGGCCUAUUAUCAGAUCAACAUAGCAGAAGAAGACCGGAAGAAGACGGCAUUCAUCACAAAGUAUGGACUGUUUGAAUUUAGGAAAAUGGCCUUUGGUCUCUGUAAUGCUCCGGCUACCUACGCCAGGGUCAUGAACUUGGUGUUGCGGGAGCUAAAUUGGGAAACUGCUAGCAUUCUUGGAUGA